CUUGGAGAAGGUCCUUGAAGCAGUCACCACAGCAGGAGAACACAGGGCCACAGAGAGGUUCAGUCCAAUCGUAGAAGGACUCAGAGAUCGCUCCGUCCAAUUACAAGUGGCCUGCAUGCAGCUCAUCAAUGCUCUGGUGACGUCUCCAGACGAGCUGGACUUCAGGCUUCACAUCAGGAAUGAGUUUAUUCGCUCCGGCCUCAGAGAGAUUUUACCGCAUCUGACAACGAUCAGGAACGAUGCCCUGGACAUUCAGCUCAAGGUGUUUGAGGAGCACAAGGAAGAGGAUCUGAUGGAGCUCAGUCACCGGCUGGAGGACAUCAAGAGUGAACUGGAUGAUGUGGGAGACGUGUUCAACGUGGUUCAGAGUGCGGUGAAGGACACCGGAGCAGAGCUCUACUUCCUCUCCAUCCUACAACACCUCAUGCUCAUCCGGAACGACUACUUUGUCCGGCCCCAGUAUUUUAAGAUCAUAGAAGAGUGUUUAUCUCAGAUCGUUCUCCAUCGCAGUGGGACCGACCCAGACUUCAGCUACCGAAAACGCCUGGACGUGGACUUCAGUGUCCUCCUGGACGUGUGUGUGGACAAGGCUCAGCUAGAAGAGUGUGAGCUGAGAGCUGCUGACUUGGCUCUGAAGUUUGACGAGGAGUACCUGGGUCGACAGGAGGCUCAGGCUCAGCUGCUUAAGAGUGAAGAGAAGAUCAAUGAAUUGCAGGCAGAGCUACUUGCCUUCAAGUCCCAGUUUGGAGCAGUGGCCCCCUCCUCCGCCCGUCCUUCCCAGGCUGGCUUCCCCUCCUCCGCCUUUCCCUCCCUCCCUCCGCCUCCUUCUGGUCCGGGAGGUCCCAUGCCUCCUCCCCUCCUCCUCCCCCCUCCCAGGCUGCGGCCCACCUCCCCCGCUUCAAGUGCCUCCCCCGUUCGGUUGCCCCCUCCCCCUCCUCCUCCACCGGGGUUCUGUGGGCUGGGCUCGCCUACCCACAACACCUUGCCUUCCCGGACUCCGGCCCAGAAGCAGUUCAAGCUUGGACUUCCAUGA